CUGGAAUUUAAAAAUCAUAGAUCUAUAACAGUGCAAAGAAGAAAUGGGUUGCCUAGACUUGCCUAGCAUUCGAGGUUCCUGCCCAUCAAUGAUUCAAUGGCAUCAUUCAAAAGCAGGAAAGGGAGUUCGCCAUCUGCGUGAUGGCAGAGGCACUUGGCUGAAUAAGUUUGAUUCCUUCACAUGAGGAGGACUGUUUGGGAGCCAGCAAGCCGUAUAGCACAGCAACGGGCUCCAUGGAGGGACGGCGCUCUUUGCGCAUUGCGCUCCUUUGCAUUGCCUCCUUGUGUAUGCAGUUCUCAAUGGCUACCACCACUAAACUGUAUACAGAUACAGAAAGGGUGCACUUGUUCGAAACGGCGGAAGAGUUCAACACUGCAGUCGUAGAGAGCGACGAUCGGGUCUGGCUGGUCAACUUUUUUGCAGACGACUGUGACAAUUGUAUCCUGUUGGCCACCCAGGUCCCAAAGAUCGCGGAAAAACUGGACGGUUUUGUGGAGGUCGGGGCAGUCAACUGUACUCAGGUGCCGAUCGUAUGUGGGGCCACAGGAAUCAAGUUCCUGCCUUCGCUGAAGGUGUUCGACUGGGAAGUCAAAGAGAACCCGUACACAGGGGUGCCUUACAAGGAGCCUCCAAAAGAAGUGCUCAAAGAUGGGGAAGUGGACCCCGCUGCCCUCGUCAAGCAGGUCAAAGGCUUCGUUCCAGACGCCUUUGUUCGACAAGUUGCGAGCGGCUCGGCCGAGGCAGAGCAGCUCUUUCAGGAGACUGGGAUCCCAAAGGUUCUCUUUCUGUCCACGAAGGAUAAGCCGUCAGCCCUUCUCAAGGCGCUGUCACUCCGAUACCGAGAGCGUCUCGAGUUUCUCUUUGGAUCCUCCACGGACGAGGAGCUACUACAGAAGCUGCCAGCAGGAAGCGAAGGCCAAGACUCGCUGUUCGUGAUCAAGCCCGGAGGCGAGACCCUCCUCCACGACGGCCCGCUCAAGAAGGACGCUCUCACUGAGUUCCUCUCCGCGCACGCCAUCGAGCGCCCACCAAAGGCCCCUCGCGCUGCGCCCGCAAGUGAGGACGACAUCGCAAUCGACGAAACGCCGUCGCGCACUGGGCACCUCACAGCGCUGAACGCGUCCGGGUUCGAGCAAGAGGUGUUCAAAGUGGAGGCUGCGUGGGUGGUCGCUUUCUUCCGGGAGCCGUGUGAGGAGCAGUAUGAGCAGUGGGGGGAGGCCAGCCUGCCUCUGUCCGGACAGGUGCGCCUUGGUACCUUCAACCUUUCCGCGCAUCCAGAAGGCGAAAAGUUUUGGGCGGACGCGGCCUCGGGGGCGCAUCUGACCGCCAAGGACUGCCUCCGAGUUUUGAGCUACCCGUUUGGGGAGGACAAGGAGGAGGGCACUGCCGAACUGUACGAGGGGCCUCUGGAGGGCAAGGCGCUGUACAAGUUUGGGCUGGACAGCGUGCCCGAUUUUGUGACGCCACUGGAGUCCAACGAGGCCCUGGACGUGUUCUUGUCGCGGGAGCAGUGGAAACCAAAGAUGUUGCUCUUCACUGCCAAGAAGGAGACCCCGGACAUGUGGCGAGCGCUCGCUGCGCGUUUCCGAAACGCGAUAGGCUUCGCUUUGGUCCAUGAAGAUGACUCUGAACUCUUGGAGCGGCUGCGCAUCACCAAGGUUCCGAAGGUGUUGACCAUCUUCGCCCAGCCGAGCGAAGAGUCAGGCGAGCUUGGACUCUCCAUCCAGCCCUUUCCCCGGGCUCUUAAGCACAGCAACCUAGCUAUGUGGUGCCACCAGAUCUCAGCUACUCUGGAGGCGACGAGAAGAAAGGGCGGUGCCGGCGCGCUUUCUGUACGUCAAUUGACGAGCGACGAGGAUUUCCAGCAGCAAUGCGUGGACAAGGGCAUCUGCAUCGUCGGUCUGUUGGACGGCUCCCAGGGGGAUCCCUCCGGCCAAGUCGACACGCUCAAACAAGUUGCGCAGCUCAACCCGCUGGGGCCCGUCAGCUACGCCUGGGUUGACGUCACCUCCGCGCCCGGGUUCGCAUACCAGUUGGGACUGUCGCGGUCAGACGCGCCGACGGUGGUGCUCCUGAACGCGAAAAAGAUGCGGUACGCGCGGCUGGAGGGGGCGUUCAACGUGCGGACGCUGACAGCGUUUGCGGACGGCGUGGUGUCCGGGAAGAUUGGGGUGUCCAAGCUCGACGCGCUGCCGACGUUUGCUGCUGCGCCCCCUGAGGACGAAGACGUCUCUGUCGAAGAGGUGGAGGAGGAAUUCAAUCUGGAAGAAAUCAUGAAGGAGGAGGUGGACGCCGGCGAUGCGAAAUCGCGUCAGGAAAAGCUUGCCGAGCUCGAGAAGCAAUUGAAGGACGAAGCAGCGGCUCUUCUUCUGGAGAAGGAGAAGGCCGCAAAGACCGGCACGACAGGACCCUCAAAAAAGAAGAAGAAAAAGAAGAAGGCAGCUAGUAAAGGGCAAAAUCGAGCGGAGCUUUGAAACUGUAAGAGGACGGCAUGCACCCGCAAGCCUCCUUUGCGAACAGAUUGAAUGGGAGUGCGUUAAGUAUGGUCAAGAGAGAAUCAGUACUUCAAGUCGUCCAAGUCGUUCCAUCGGGUUGGUAGGCUCGUUUGCAUGUCUUGAAAAUUUAAGCACAUUCAUCAACUCAAGAUUGGCAUUGUGGCGCACAUGCUGCUGGAUGUUGUAUGCCAACUUCAGGUUUUUCGAAACAGAAGGGGCGAUAGGACAAUUCUGGCACGAGGAGCAAAGCACGCGCCU